CUUAAAUUAUAUUUUCAUCAUCCUUUUCUUUGCAAUAUGUCGCAAGCCACCCAGAAAGCCAAUCCUGAGCUUGCCGACCAAUCGCUUCAUAACCGUUUUCGAGGCUUCGCUGCUGGCGUUGCUUCUGGAGUCACCAAGUUGACUGUCGGUCAUCCUUUUGAUACCAUCAAAAUUCGUAUGCAAACCUCGGGCGCCUCUGAGGGACGAUUCAAAGGUCCUUUGGAUUGCUUGCUAAAAACCGUGCGAAACGAAGGCGUUCGAGCACUGUACAAGGGAGCUACUCCGCCUUUGAUUGGAUGGAUGUUUAUGGAUAGUUUGAUGUUGGGCACACUCCACAAUACACGGAUGAUACAACAGAAAUGGAAUGGAGAUAAGCCGUUGACUAUAUUUCAGCACGGGUUAGCUGGAUUGGCCGGUGGAUUGACGGUCUCGUUCGUGGCGACACCGGUCGAACAGAUCAAAUCGAGAUUACAAGUACAAUACGAUGCAAACACCAAAGUAUAUAGUGGCCCCAUCGAUUGUGCACGACAAUUAAUACGUAAUAAUGGCGUUCCCGCACUGUGGACGGGUCUUUUACCAACAAUGCUUUUCCGAAGCUGGUUCUUCGUUUUCUGGAGUUCUUACGAGGUGUUUACACGACAAUUGAAAAAAGCGAAUUUUUCUGAUGGCACCGUUACGUUUCUUGCGGGUGGUUUAAGUGCCACCGCAUUCUGGUUGGGCGCUUUUCCGUCAGAUGUGGUCAAGAAUCGAUAUAUGACACAACCUGACGUAACUCCGCGUCGAUUUCCCAAUGCAAUGUCGGUCGCCCGAUUUGUAUACCAAACCGAAGGGUUGCGAGGCUUCUACAGAGGAUUCUUGCCGUCCUUCCUUCGCGCGUUUCCUACCAAUGCUUCGGCUGAUUUGAAUAAUCGUCUUUUGUUUGCUGUUCCCAAGAAGGGUCGUCUUUACGAACAAUGCCUUCAGUUGCUCAAGGAGUCCGAUAUCCAUUUCCGUCGCAACAGUCGUCAGGACAUUGCAUUGAGCACGAGUCUUCCAGUGGCUCUGAUCUUCUUACCUGCUGCGGAUAUUCCCAAAUACGUUGCCGAAGGCAAUGUCGACUUGGGUAUUACUGGUCAGGACAUGGUGAUGGAAAAUGAAGUGGAGGACAAGGUCCGUGAAGUUCUUCAACUCGAUUUCGGCAAGUGCCGACUGUGUCUGCAAGUGCCAGUGAACAGUGAAUACAAGUCUCUCCAAUGUGUUUCUGGCAAACGUAUUGUCACCAGCUUUGACGGAUAUGCACGCAAAGUGUUUGAAUCUAUCGAUCGGGAAACGGGCAAAAAUACCACCAUCAGCUAUGUUUCCGGAUCCGUCGAAGCCGCAUGUGCAUUAGGUCUUGCUGACGGCAUCAUCGAUCUUGUUGAAUCUGGUGAAACAAUGCGUGCAGCUGGUCUCCACGAUAUCCACACGCUUAUGGAAACUCAGUCGGUAUUGAUUGCCAACAAGAACACAAAGCACAACGAUUUGGUGGAAAAAAUUACGUCCCGUAUCCGCGGUGUGAUUACCGCCAACCAAUUCGUCCUUUGUACAUAUAAUAUUGAACGCAAGAACUUGACCAAAGCCGUUCAGAUCACUCCCGGUCGUCAGGGCGCUACCGUCUCCAGUUUGGAUUCGCACGAAGGAUGGGUUGCUGUCUCGGCCAUGAUCGCCAAGAAAGCCAAGGGCGAUAUUAUGGAUAAACUCACUGAAGUCGGCGCAACCGACAUCCUUGUUAUGGCCUUCACCAAUUGUAGAGUUUAGAGAUAUUUCCAAUAUGUACCCAUCAAUUUUUGUCACUUUCAAAAACUUGUAUUCAUGUAUCUAUCCAAAGUGAAAAAAAUAUGAUCCUUCAUUUAUAAAGAAAUAGACUGUAUGUAAAAGAC